UUUACAGUUGAAGAGAACAAUCAUCCCAUUGAGGAGGUAAGGCUAACGGUGGACCCAGUUGACAAUCCAAAACAAUCUGCAUUAACAUUUCGAACAUGGCUGCUUGGAGUGAGCUCCUGUGUGUUGCUCUCCUUCAUAAAUCAGUUUUUUGGGUUCAGGAAAAAUACACUGUAUAUCAGUUCAGUUUGCGUUCAAAUUGUAACACUGCCCAUCGGGAGGUUUCUUGCAGUAACUCUCCCCAAGAAAGACAUAAAGCUCCCAUUCACUAACUGGGCCUUCUCGCUCAACCCGGGAUCAUUUACAAUGAAAGAACAUUGUCUUAUAGCCAUUUUUGCAGGCACAGGAGCAGAUGGCGUUUAUUCGGUUCAUAUUGUCACUGUCGUCAAAGCUUUCUACCAUAGAAAGAUCAAUCUCAGGGCAGCUUUCCUGCUAGCACAAACAUCACAGCUGCUUGGUUAUGGUUGGGCUGGUAUUUUCAGAAAAUUCCUGGUUGAAUCUCCAUAUAUGUGGUGGCCAGCAAACCUUGUUCAAGUCUCCCUCUUCAAAGCACUGCAUCAAAAGGAGAGCAGAAAGAAGGGAGCAAUAACACAGUUUCAAUUCUUCAUCAUUGUCUUCAUAGCAAGCUUUGCAUACUAUGUCAUCCCUGGCUUCAUCUUCCCAGCCAUCUCUGCCAUCUCUUUUAUCUGUUUAGUAUAUAAGAACUCCGUCACAAUGCAGCAAAUUGGUUCGGGACUAAACGGACUUGGAAUUGGCUCUUUUGGUCUUGACUGGUCCACAGUUGCUGGCUUCCUUGGCAGCCCAUUAGCCACACCCUCAAUGGCUAUAUUUAACAUAAUGAUAAGCUUCUUCUUAAAAAUUUAUGUUCUCCUCCCAAUUACAUAUUGGACCAACACUUACAACGCCAAACGGUUCCCUAUGAUCUCCUCCAAUGUCUUUGACAGUUCUGGAAACAUCUACAACAUCACAAGGAUCAUCAAUGGCGGAACAUUUACUCUAAAUGUUCAAGAACAAGAGAACUACAGCAAGAUUAACACUAGUAUUAUAUUUUCCUUCUCCUAUGGCCUGAGUUUUGCAACCUUAACAGCUUCCAUCAUGCAUGUUGCUCUACAUAAUGGGAAGGAUAUUUGGAAGAUGUGGAAAAAUGCUAGAGAUAAGAUGGAGGAUGUUCAUACAAGUUUGAUGAAGAGAAAUUAUGAGCCAGUACCUCAAUGGUGGUUCCAUGUUCUCUUAAUUUCUACACUUGGACUCUCCAUUUUUACAUGCUUAGGUUUUAACAGACAACUACAACUUCCAUGGUGGGGGUUAUUCUUUGCUUGCGGCAUGGCUUUUCUCUUCACAUUACCUUUUGGAGUUAUCCAGGCAACUACAAAUCAGGGAGUAGGGCUCUAUGUCAUUACAGAGUACAUCAUAGGCUUAAUAUUACCUGGAAAGCCUCUUGCAAAUGUGACAUUCAAGACUUAUGGCAGCAUCAGUGUUAACCACGCACUCACACUUCUUAGUGACCUAAACUUGGGAAAAUACAUGAAGAUACCACCAAAGUCCAUGUUUAUUGUACAGUUGACAGGUACCAUAAUAGCAACAUGUGUUCAAUUUGCAACAACAUGGUUUCUUCUUAACUCUGUAAAGAAUAUAUGCGACACAAGCAAACUUCCUCCAGGGAGCCCAUGGACUUGCCCUGUGGAUAACUUCCUCUUCACUAUCAACAUCAUUUGGGGUCUUGUAGGCCCUAAGAGAAUAUUUGGCAAACUUGGUCAUUACUCACUUCUGAACUAUUUCUUCUUAAUAGGUUUCCUGUUACCCAUUCCGUUUUGGUUGCUUGCUAAGGCAUUCCCUGAGACGAGGUGGCUAAAACAUAUUCACAUUCCCCUGCUACUCUCCGGCGGAGGUGCCAUCCCACCAGCGCACACAGUGAACUACACAAUGUGGGGUAUGGUCGGUAUUUACUUCAAUUAUUACAUUUACAGAAGGCACAAGAACUGGUGGGCAAGACAUACCUAUGUGAUGUCGGCGGCCUUAGAAGCUGGAGUAGCUUUCAUGGGAGUGCUAAUCUUCUUUGCUAUGCAAUUUAGGAACAUCAAUGGCAUAGAUUGGUGGGGUGGUGAUGCAAGUGAUUAUUGUCCGCUAGCUAAUUGUCCUACAAGUCCUGAGGUUGUUGUGAAAGGAUGUCCAAUCAUGCAAUAACAUGAAAGUUCUCUAGCUAACAAGAUCAAUGUAGCUAAAGCUCAUCAGAAUAUUUAGGAUUAUGCAUCCAUCAAUCCUUGUGCUGUAAGUUGGCCUAGUAAAUAUACAUACUAAGGUAUCUCCCUUUUAGCAUUCAAAAAAAGAAGAGAAAUGUUAAAUUUCAGCCAAGAUAAAA